GCUGGUAGCGAGAGAUCGGCAACGGAGGAGCCAAAGUGCCAAACCACCCCGAGCUUCAUUUCUCUCGCUUCCAUUUUCGGUCAGCCAUGGCUCUCUCUGAAUCCUCUAAGCAAUCUCUAAUCCCCACCUUCCUUUACUCCUCUGCCAACUCCCUCUCCCUCGAUCGCGUCCUCAACACCAACCCUACUUUCGCUCCUUCACCCUCCGCCGCCGCUGCUGCUCUCGAUGGACGCGCUGCUGCUUCACCGUCAAUCAAUACAAGGAGCUUCGUCAUCCCUUCGCCUAACGAGCCUGGGAAGAAGAUCGAGAUGUACUCGCCUGCAUUCUACGCGGCCUGUACUUUUGGAGGAAUCCUCAGCUGCGGGCUGACUCACAUGGCCGUCACUCCUCUUGACCUCGUCAAGUGCAAUAUGCAGAUUGAUCCUGCAAAGUACAAAAGCAUCUCAUCUGGUUUUGGUGUUCUUCUGAGGGAGCAAGGAGUCAGAGGCUUCUUCCGUGGCUGGGUUCCCACACUCCUUGGUUACAGUGCACAGGGUGCUUGCAAGUUUGGAUUCUAUGAGUUUUUCAAGAAGUAUUAUUCUGACAUUGCUGGACCUGAAUUUGCUGCCAAGUACAAGACCCUGAUCUACCUUGCUGGGUCUGCCUCUGCUGAGGUGAUUGCUGACAUUGCACUUUGCCCCUUUGAGGCAGUUAAGGUCCGGGUUCAAACUCAGCCUGGUUUUGCUAGGGGUAUGGCAGAUGGCUUCCCCAAGUUUGUGAAAUCUGAAGGCACACUUGGUUUGUACAAGGGUAUUGCUCCACUUUGGGGCCGUCAGAUACCAUAUACAAUGAUGAAGUUUGCUUCAUUUGAGACAAUUGUUGAGAUGAUAUACAAGUAUGGUAUCCCCACUCCCAAGGACCAAUGCAGCAAAACUCUUCAACUUGGUGUCAGUUUUGCUGGUGGUUAUGUUGCUGGUGUCUUCUGCGCUAUUGUUUCUCACCCUGCUGACAACCUUGUCUCUUUCCUCAACAAUGCCAAGGGAGCAACAGUUGGUGAUGCUGUGAAGAAACUUGGGUGGUGGGGUCUGUUUACCCGUGGGCUUCCUCUCCGUAUUGUCAUGAUUGGAACACUAACUGGGGCUCAGUGGGGCAUAUAUGAUGCAUUCAAAGUCUUUGUUGGACUGCCAACAACUGGUGGUGUUUCUCCUGCUGCUCCUGCUGCUGCACCUGCAAAGGCAUAGAACGCUUGGAACAUUCAAAUUAAUGUUUUGCUUUUCAGUAGUCCUUGAAAACUAAUAGGUGAUCAAAUAAGAAUAGGAUUGCCAAAAAUUGCUUGACUGGUUUCAAAGCCAGUUGAAGUUAAUUCUUUUCCGUUCAAUGCCCAUUUUGACUGCUCCUGAUUUUGUGGGGGAUGGUUUUGUUUGCAUCCUCUAUCUGUAGACAUUUUUGCUAGCGAGAUCAUAUAUGAAUUUUUACUUGAAAUUCUAAAUCAAAUGUUGCCUUGUAGGAAGGCGGGAAUUUUUUGUUG